AACUUGUAUCUCUCUGUAUCUUAAAGGAACAAGAGAUUUGUGGAAACAUGUUUAUAUGAACUUCUUGCUUCUUUAUCUAAGGAUUUGUUCUGUGAAGUAUUGAGACACUCAUUAAAAAGCAGUCUGCAUAAACGUCACACAAUCAGUAUUUACUUUGAUCUAGUAAUAUUUAGAAUGGAAUGUGCUGUUUAUUGACCAUGUAGCCAAGAUGUCAGUAAUCAUUGCUGUAUAUGGUUAUCUAGGAAUGCCCUGACACUUAUGGAAUGAUCAGUAAAUACUGAUGGCACAGACAGUAAAUAAUGGAUGUGUGACAUUCACCUUAAAAAAAGAACUUUUCCACUUUUUUCACCCUUUUGUGUGCAAAAACUUUGAAUUAUGUUGUUGUAAACAUUGCUUAUAUAGGUUUUAAUGAGUAAGUAGGUAACAAAUAAGCUGAAUAGUAUGUUGUACUGGUCCAGAUUCAGUAUUCUUGAUUCUUGUGACUCUGGCUUGAACGAGAUAUGAAUAAUUCUGAAAUUUGUAAGGAACAAUUGCAAAUAAUCUUGGAGAUGAUACAUGAUAAUCAUAUUUGGAAUAAUGUAUAAACAGCAAAACUUUAUAUUGUUAAGCUUUAACUAAAUGAAGCAUAUAUAGAUUGCAGGUCAUUGUUUGUCUGGACAUAUAUCCAUUAAAGGAAAACUACAGGAAUGGUAAUGGAGGCUCCCCCAUCUCCUCAGAGUGUAGGCAGGGAAUUUGUUAGACAGUACUACACGCUGUUGAACAAAGCCCCUACCCAUCUGCACAGAUUCUACAACCACCAGUCAUCCUUCAUCCAUGGUGGUUUGGACCUUCAUAACCGUGAAACAAGCCCCGUUAUCGGCCAGAAACAGAUCCAUCAAAAAAUCCAGCAACUGAACUUCCGGGAUUGUCAUGCUAAGAUCACCCAGGUGGACUCGCAGGCCACCCUGGGCAACGGAGUGGUUGUCCAAGUGACCGGCGAACUAUCCAAUGCUGGCCAGCCGAUGCGUCGCUUCACUCAAACGUUCGUUUUGGCAGCACAAUCGCCGAAGAAAUAUUACGUUCACAACGAUAUCUUCCGUUACCAGGACGAGAUCAUCUCCGACGAGGAGUGCGACGCUGAUCAACGUUCUGACGUAGACGAGGAUAUUGGCCAGGAUAGACAGGUGAUCAACGACGUCCAACAGUCGUUGUCCACUCAACCCACUGCUGCGGCCGGCGCUGGCGGCAUUCCGCCAUACUAUCCCGCUGCUGGCGGCGGCGCCCCGAUGCCGCCCACGAUGCCCCAAGUGCCGAUGCACCACAACCAGCAGCCUCCGGUGCCGAAUGCAGCUCAGCAACACGUGCUCAGCAGCCCACCCCAGCAGGUGGCUACUGUCAACGGAGCUAUACAUCCGGAUGAUAUUAACGUCAUUCCAGGUCAAGUGCCGAAUCACGUGCCCCCGACCGCCCAAUCCCAGACCAUGGGCGGCGCAGUGCCGUCGGCCAUGCAACAGCCGCCCCAACAGCAACAGCCUGCCAACGCGAUGUUGCAACAGCAGGCUGUUGCCGCCCCCAUCAACGACCACCAGCAGUUGCAGCAACCAACUGAGGAGGCUGCAGAAGAGAAACAGAUUGACGAUUGGGAUACUUUGGUCCAGCCACAACAGCAGUCACAACAACAACAGCACCAACAGCCGCAGGACAAUGGACACCACGAACCGGAACAGCCACAGGAAUCAGCACCGAACGAGCCUAAAACAUACGCGAACCUCCUGAAAUCCGGCAACACCGGCAGCACGAUGAAUUUCAACAACGCCGCCCAGAACAGCGUCGCGGCCGCUCAACCCCAGCCGUACGGCAACGCCCGCGCCGCUUCGCCCAUUGCGAUGGGCGGUGCGGGCAGACCGAUGGGCGGUCCGAGGGCGGACGGGCCACCGGGACAGACUGGCGGGCAGCAGAGGCCGCCCAGGCAGGAUUCGAUCAGGGGAUCGCAGGGCGGUAUGAGGGGGUCUGUUGGCAAUGAUGAUGGAUUCGAUGACAGGCGACGAUCUCAGGGUGGCUUCAACGACGUAAACCAGCUGUUCUUGGGCAACCUUCCGCACACAGCGACAGAAGAUGAACUCAGGGAGAUAUUCAGUGAAUUUGGUGAAAUUAUGGAUCUCAGAAUACACAGCAAACCACUAAGCAAAAUCGGCGGACAACCCGGAGGACGAGCGCCUCCCAACUAUGGUUUCAUCACUUACAAACUGCAACAACACGUACAGGCCUGCCUUAUAUCUAAGCCGAUCUUCUACCCGCGCGGCGACAAAAACGGCACACAACUGAACGUCGAAGAGAAGAAACCCAAAGACAGGCCGCCGUACAGCGGCGGCGCGAGCGGGGGCGGCAGUCGCCAGAGCAUGGACGGCGGCCCUAGGGGCGGCAGAGGGGACCGCAGCGGCAUGCCCCCUAGGGACGACAGACGUAUGGGAGGCGGCGCCCCCGGCGGACCGAACAGAAACGCCGGCGGACCGCCCCCGAACAGAAGCAACAGCUACCAGAACAGAAACGCCAGCGGCGGACCUCCGGCACAAAGGGGCGGGCCUAAUUCGUACCGUCGCUAACCCGACACUACCUGUCCCACCUUUCCUCUUCCUCGUAAAACUGCGUUUGAUUGGUGUUGAGCGGUGAGCUUUGGGUGCGUUUAGCGUUGCUGUUGUGGAGUAUGCAGGCGCUGCGAUAUGUGUUGUAUAGCUAUUAUUCGACAUUUUGAUAGAUUGAGUUAAAAACGCCAUGUUAUAGCAGCGGCUCGGCUUGAAUUAGAUGUGGCGAGCUUAAGUUCGGGUAAUAAAUUAUUGCCAUAAGUAGGUGCAGUUGUCACGUACGCUAGUAACGCUAUUCGUAGCCAUCGUGUAUUCCUUCAACCCGAAUCGGGCGCAGUUUUUCGCACCCAUUUCCCCUUAGAAUUCGACGAGUGAAGGACUUUCGACGUGAGUUUUGUGUGCAAGGAACGUGCAAGGGCGUGUGCGCAGCGUUUUUCGUCGUCGAUAUCGGAGCUGAUUUCCACUUAGUGCCAAUAGUGGAACUGUUUAGCUGCAGUGUAUUUUAAUUCAAACCUGUUUUAUUUAUCUGGUCAACCGGUUGCUGGCCGUUUAUAAGCGCGAAUGCCAAUCAGUUUAGGUGGUCUUUCUAAUGGUUCUCUGACACAUCAGCGAAAAUUGAACCAAUUUUCUUCACAUUGUCACUACGCACUUUGGGAAAUUUUGUAUGAAGGCUGUGGAGUUUAUUAAUAAAACCUUGAAUUUAGCUUUGGUUCGAUGCUUUUGAUUUAUUGAUAUACUUACGAAUACAAUUUAAUUAGACAUUCUUUCAACAACAUGAGGAAUAAUUUUUGGCGAAGUCAUACAUAAUAAAGAUAAAAAUGGUAAGAAGUAAUCAUUGAUCAUUUUCAUCAUCAUCUAAAGAAAAACAAAUUAGUGCAGAAUUGUUUCCAGAUACUAAGAUUUUCAUAAAUGAAUACAAAGUUUCAUCAAACACUACAGUAGCAGAAAAGCUUGCCAUGACACGAAAAAGAAGUUUAUUGAAGAGUCUAUUGAAGUAGAGAUGCAGGAAGAUAUGCGUCGUCUUAAGAGAAAUGAAGGAAGGGAUGCUUAUGAAACUGACUCUUUGGAAUCAAAGAGCUUGAAGAACUGGAUUGUUUCAACGCAUCACCAAAUCAGAAAGAAGUUUCCGCUGAACCUAAAUCGCCAUCACAAGCACCAAUACCCAAUUCGAGCAAAAUGAUAAUACUCAGGCGAAAGAUUGAAGAAGACAAACCUAGUCAGAAGGAAAACACAACACAAUCCAGUUCGUAUGUUACACAAAAAAAGUAAGAUUGAUUGUCAAGAGGAAGAGAAUUUGACUUGCCCAGCAAACAUUCAAUAGCCCCCAAGGGGUUGAACAGCAAAUCAACCAAACCGCAACCAUUCAACAAUCUAAAACUAAGACCUGAUAAGAAAAUCGCGACAGCAGCAUAGACUUCUUUGGAAUGCAAGAGAAACAUUGAGAAUGAAGGAUACGAGGAUCAAAGAGGUGAAUCAUCUCUGGAAAGCAAUGGCACGUCUGCGUCUUCUAGAUGUAUGAGUAAUUUGAAAAUCAAACCAAACUGUAGCUGCAAGCAGUGCGACCCAUUGGUCUAUUACUAACCCCGGUGGCGAUAAAUAUGAGAACAAGCCUAAGGUCGUACUAACUGGGGACCAAAACACCAAUUUGUCACAGACGAGGAUGCUCCUUGACAAUACUGAAAAAGAAAGCUGUGUAAAAAAGAGGUGAGUCCGCCAAUGCGAGGGAUAAUCAUUUUUUGACCUAUAUUUCCGUAUACUUCAUCAAAAAGGUAUUUAGUCAGCCUAGAAUGUUUAGGUUACAUACUUCUUACAAUACAAUCUUUGAAAUGAAAAAUGUUUUGGAAUAAAGUAAAUAAUUACAAUGAAAAAAAAAGAAAUGAACAAAUCAAGUGAAAGUUAGAAUUAACAAUUACAUACUUAUUUUAAUAUUUUAAAUUUAUUUAAAAAAAAAAAUUGGUAAAAUCAAGGCAAAUUGUUUUUUUUUUGUUUAUCUCUUUUUAUUGAUGAAAGAAAUUAGUAAUCAUGUCUUCGUUGAUGCUCUCUUGGGAACAUUUUUAAGAAACCUUGGGCCAUUUAUUAAUUUAGUACUUGUGAUAACCAUAAAAAACUACCGGAGGCGAGCGGGGGAAAACACUUUAUGUCACUUUCUUCAGAAUCACGCCACUUCCAAUUUUUCUGUAAAAUCUCUACUACAAAUCUGAGAUACCAUUAAGAUGCUAUUUAACACGGCAUAACAAAGCUUCUCACAUAGUAUAAAUGAGAAUUAAACACCAUUUUUUAAAUUAGUUAUGAAAUGAUUCUGAAUUGAGUAAUAUUAAAUUCUAUAAAUUGGGUUCCGAACCAAUUCUUUGUUACGAUGCUCUAAAAAGACAGAAUUUUGUGAUAGUCUUAUAGUAAUUGUAUAUAAAAAUCCUUCAUUUUUCAGCUUAGUUUACAACUCAAAAUGUUGUGAAAAUUUCAAUUCCACUGAUUUCCUACUGUCCUUUGUGCUUCUCAUGAAGUACAGAUUGUUUUACCAAGGUUCAAUACAGUUUAUUUCAAAGUUAAUUUGAGAUUUGGAAUACAAGUAAUUUUUUUCAGUUGUGGUAUUUGAAAUGGAAUAUGGUGUUAGUAUGCUUAUGAAUAGGAAAAGAAGCUUGGGGAUUGAUCUUACAGAAUAGUAAUUUUGUGAUAUUUUGUUGAACAAUUCAAAUUCCAUAAAACUGAUGAAUGAAAAUGCGAUAAAAUUGAAUUUUUGACAAAAUGCUAUGGCAGCAGAUAAAAAUUAGCUAUGUGCAAUAUACAGAUUAAGGAGAGAGGAGACGUUUUCUUCCGACAACCUGUGCUUUAAUAAAAUUUUGAUAAUUAGUAAAUUUCCAUCAUUCGCUUCUAAUAGCAUCCAAAUUUGAGGUGUUUAUUUCCUAUAUUGACAACCAUACCAAUAGAAAGACCACGAUGUUUUUUAUAAUAAUCGUAUGUACUGUUUUGCCUUCCACUUACUUCACGUAGCUGUUUUUACUAGUUUCCAAUUUUGCUUUUUCGAUGAACUGUCGGGUCAAAUUAGAAGUCAUCAGCGACAUGUCCCUAGAAUAAUUCAGGGAUUUGUCUGCUAUAUAGGAAUUGCAGGCAUUGUACCUUUCAUAAUACUUCAUAUAACUGAUAGUUUUUUCAUAAUAAUUCAUGUAACUGAUCGUUUUUCUGUGCUUCCUGAAUUGAUUGGAGGGUCAAGGUAUUGUUUGAGUACUUAUUGGCUGUGUUGUGUAAUUUUGAUUGGCAUUGUGCUGUUAGAAUGUCAGCAGCAUUUAUACUUUGUCUGCAAAAGGCAUAUGUAGGUCCAUGACAGCUCAAGAGUGUCACAUAUUGUUUUUAUGGUUUGAAAUUUAAUAUAUUUCACAGCUUGUGAACCACUCGUCAAUUUUGUAUUACUGUUAUUUUUUUAAUUAUACUGCUAGUAUUUAUGUACAAUUAUUUAAACUGUAACUAGACUCAUGUAAAAACAAUAAUGUGCUUUGAAUUCCUGCCACUGUCAUUUUAAAUAGAUAUGUGCGGAAAAUUCCAUUUUUAUUUAAGAACACUUUCUUAAUAGCAUAAAAAAUGGGUUCCUUGAAAGAUGUUCAUCUACGAGUAUACAUCGUGCCUAUUGAUUUUGAGAACGGUUAGUCUUGAAAUUUAUAUGCGCCGUGUAUUUAUUUAAAAAUCCCAGUCAAAUUUUCUGUUAACAGGUCAAAAUACAUAUUUUUUGAUUAAAUGAAGUAAUGCAAGGGGUGUAAUACAUGUUUUUCAAAAAAUUUAAGCAUAGUAUCUCUAAGGCUAGAAGAAUGCAUUUUACGUUAUUUCGAAUAGCAACAAAUAUAGACGUGUUUUAUAAAUACUUUUUAUUUGUGAGAGUUGUUAAAUAUCAUUUCCAGCGGUAUUCCAAGUUUUUAUUUGAAUUUUUCAUUAACC